UAGGUAACCGUAAACACUGCGGGUUGCCUGAAAAAUAUUUUUGCCUCACGCGUCGUUCACAGAGGGUCCCUUCCAGUUGUUUAUAUUGAGUUCAUUGACUGACACUGGCCAGUGUAACAACAUGAAAAGAAGUAACAGAAGAUGAAGAUACUAGGUUAUGCUGUUUUGUUUGUGUUUUUCCCACUGUUUUUCCGCGAACUUGGGUUUAUUUUGAUCGUGAUUUUAGGUGAUUUUUAUGUAUAUCUUCCAGAUCUCCAUAAUUUGAUAACGGUCCCAAUCCCACUGAUUUGAUCAUCAGGUAGUACCUUAGACCACCUUAGACCUUAAUUAUAUAUAGUUCUAAUAAAAGUGAUAGCCUGUGUCGAGGUCUGUUUUGUGGUCAUUAUGGAGACCAAACGGCUCUCAAUGAAUACCUCACUGAAAAAUGCUAGAAUUUUCGAUGAGGAUUCAUGGGAAUCAGACAAUGUUGGAUUUAUGAUAAAGAAAGAGCCAAAUGUUGACGAUGUACUAAAUCAUAAUGAAGAAGCAAAACAUAGCUUCAAAAAUAUAGUAGUGAAGCAAGAACCAGAGGAAGUAAAGGAAUUUAAAAAAUCUGCAUUAGUGGAACAUGAUGUACAAGUUGAGCAGAAUAUUGAGAAAGAACAUGAUUGUUCUUCUGAAAAAAUUAAAACUAUAAAAAAUGAAUGUGAUCAGCCAGAUUAUGAGGAAACUGGUGUCAAGCUAGAUGUAACCCCAAUGAAACAAUGCUUUGUAAAUGAAGAUACAAACCCUUCCCCAUUUAAUAAAGAAAUGUUCAAAAAUUUCUCUCUUGAUAGUCCAGGUCUCAAAAACAGUGUGUUUGGUCCAAUCAAAUCAGAAUUUGAGGUGGAUGUAAAAAGAUCUGUCUUUAAAAGUGAUAGCACCAGUAGUGAUGAAUCACAAGAAAGUGAGCAAGAAACUGAAGAAUUCCAAAAAAGGAGACCAAUUAGAGAAAGGCUUGGACCAAAGGUGGAUGAUAAUGAAAUACCUACUAAAUCUUCUGUUAAAAGGAGACUUGGGUCUGAGUUGGAGCAUAAUACUUUGCCCAUCAAGAAACCUAGAAGGGAGAUAGAAUCAGAUCCAGAAGUGUUAUUUAGGAGACAAAAACAAAUAGAUUAUGGAAAAAAUACACUGGGAUAUGAUAACUACAUAAAAAUUAUUCCUAGGACGGAAAGGACACAAGAUGAUCCUCAGACGCCAAAUAAAUUCGUGAAGUAUUCUAGAAGAGGCUGGGAUGGAUUGGUCAAACAGUGGAGAUUGCGGUUGCAUAAAUAUGAUCCUGAGGAAAGCUGAGUAUAUUUUUAUUUGACAAGAAUACCUUUUAAGUUCAUUUUUAAUUAUUUUAACCCUACAAACAUAAACAUUUUUAAUUUAUAACAAUAUUUUUGAGCAACUGUUUUGUUCUUCAAUUUGAUUCAUUCUUGAACCCUUAAGUGUAAUAUAUAAUUAAAAAUAAAUUUAUUCAUCUGG